AUGAAGGAGACCAGGCCCUCAACCGAUGACAAGGCUGGAUUAAGAAUUGACGAGGCUGCUGCUUCUGGCCCUUCACGUGCUCCUGCACCUGGUUCUCCUCCAUUACCUGCCGGGCCUCCCAGUGGAAGAAAGAAAUCGAAGAAUUUAAGGGUGAAGUUAUCGGUUGUUGGUGCUGCCGUAGCGACUGUUCUAGCAGCUCUUGCAGUACUUUUCUGGUGUUGCAAAUUGCGAAAUAGAAAAGGUAACCUUAGAAAAUUCAUGGGUCCAGAAAGGCCAGAUCUUGAUGACAAAGGCGAUGAUGAAUCACUGUUCUUCAGUUUCACAAGCAUAGAAGUUGCCACAGAUUAUUUUUCUGAUGAAAACAAACUUGGUCAAGGAGGAUUUGGUCCUGUCUUCAAGUCCAAAAAGCCUAUUUAUUUGCUUAAUUUAAAUGUAAAUACGUGGUUCAGGCUGCAACAUCGAAACCUUGUUAGACUUUUGGGCUCCUGCAUUGAGAAAGAAGAGCGUUUAUUGGUAUACGAGUACUUGCCUAAUAACAGUCUAGAUUCAGUACUUUUUGGUAUGUAUGCAGCAAAGCGGAAUAUAUUGGAUUGGAAAGGAAGGUUGAAAAUCAUUGAAGGGGUCGCUCAGGGGCUUUUGUACCUCCACAAGUAUUCUAGACUGAAAAUCAUCCAUAGAGAUCUAAAAACGAGCAAUGUUUUAUUGGAUGCGGACUUGAAUCCCAAAAUUUCGGAUUUUGGAACCGCCAGAAUUUUUGGAGAGAAUGAAAUGCGCGGAAGUACAAUGAACAUUGUGGGGACAUAUGGUUAUGUGUCUCCUGAAUAUGCCAUGGACGGGGUUUACUCCGAGAAGUCUGAUGUAUUUAGCUUUGGCGUCAUGAUUCUUGAGAUCAUAAGUGGAAAGAAGAACACUUCUUUCUAUGAUGCGGAUCGUCACUUGAACUUAAUAGGACAUGUCUGGGAUCUAUGGACAGAAGGAAGAAUUUCAGAAAUCACAGAUUCGUGUUUGGAUGAAACGGUCUCAACAAGGGAAGCACUAAAAUAUGUUCACGUUGGUUUAUUGCGUGUGCAAGAAAAAGCAGCAGAUAGGCCAACAAUGUCAGAUGUGGUAUCUAUGCUCCUCAAGGAAUCAAUGGCUCUCGCCACUCCUAAGCGUCCAGCUUUUGCUGAAAUUAUGACUCUUAACAAUACCAAGUUACCUGAAAAUCCAGAAUUUUGUUCUUUGAACGAGGUCACAAUUUCAGAUGUGCAGGGUAGAUGAUUAUUUCUUGGCCAGGCGUAUAUUUUCUUGCAGGGUAGAGAAAGGUGGGAAGCCGGCUGUAUCCUCAAGUUAGGGGUGGCCAUUGGAGAUAAUCAGUCUCAAUUCUUUUGUGGAUUCGUUUGG